AUGGUCAUUCAAAAAGCAAGUCUAAACCACGGUCAUCGGAGGAUUCGGGAGCACAAAGCUCCACCGAACGGAAUGGGCCUCGUUCAGUUGCAUCGCAAAAACGCUCGAAUGCACGUCCGAAUUCUGCGGGUGAAUCCGGGACUAACCCGAAAAGUAGUGCACCUGGUUCAGCAUCACAAAACAAUCCGGUUCGAACCAGUCUAUCUCCAUCCCACACCGCACCCAAUUCUCGGACAGAAGGCUGAACGUCAGAAUCGUGUUCGCGAAGUUUCCGUUAGACAUCCAGAUUUCCCCGAAACUCUGAUUCACGGAGUGCUUUUCCGUGCGAGCUAUUUGGGCAGCACACAGUUGUUGUCCCAGAAGCAACCCACACGAAAUUCUCGCAUGUACCAGGCACAGGAGGCAGUCAAUCGGGUCAAGGCCCCAGAUGGUGAGAAUCAACCCAGUGUGGCUGUCGCUCUGUUCGUUUCGACUGAGCGCAUCAUGCUACUAAAUAGUAAUUUGCAAGUACGUGGUGUACUCAAAUGA